AUGGACUCGGACUCUUUAUAUUAUUCUCUGGAGCUCGUUGCUGGUGGCGGAAACACUUUAAAUGUCGAGCAAAGAACCGCUCUGCAGACUUCCUUAGUGAUACUGAGGAAAAACUACAAGUUCCAUCGAGUCUUGUUUUGGGGUAAAAUACUAGGGUUAAAGGGGGACUAUUUCAUCGCUCAGGGGAGAGGAGAGGAUGAAAUUCAGGAUAAAAAGAAUCUCUACAGCUUUAACUGCAUGGACUGGUUCCUGCUCCCUCCUGCCACAGACUCUGUGAUCCAGGAGGUGUCCAAAGCUGCAAAGGGUCGCUUCACAGGAGACCCCUCGUUUGUGUAUGAGCAUCUUGAGAUCCGCAGGCAAGGAGAGAGAGAUGAAGAGGAGGUAGUGACCAAAGUCAAUGAGGAGAGCAGGCUAGCAGUGACAGUUCAUCAGAUCGAUGAGGAAGUGUCUGUGGUACCACGCGGCGCCUUUGUCAAGAGUCCUCACGGCCUCGUCAAGAUCAACCGCAGCUUUGAUGGUCUGUCGCACUCAGAGACGGGAAAGCUUGACAAUUUCUUUCACUUCAGCCAACCAAAGAAUCUGAAGAAGAGAUCCAUCCUGGAAAUGGGUGAUUUGAACCCGGCUAUCGACUUCCUGGAUGUACUGAGUGAUGACAUUCCCAAAGGAUCAUGGAGUCUUCAGUUUGAAUGUGCCAGCAAAGUGUGCGUACUUCGCAGCCUGUUGUGGCUCGGCCUGACCUUCUACCAUGUGCCUAUGACGCCGCAGCACGGAUACAUUUACAUUGGUAAUGGGACCAAGAAUUUGGACCUUCCCUUCAUGCUAUAAAAACAGACAUCUCACUCCUCCUUCAAGAAACAAAUUUGUCAUGGUUCUGUUGUUCAAAUAAACCCUCAAAAUGUAUUCUAUGUAACAUACUGCAGGACUUUUUGUUGGCCUUA